CGUCAGUCCACACGCGAAUAAUUACUGUAUCCACUACGUUAGUGAUUGAAAGAUGGGUUUGUUGGCUAAAUACGUGUUGUUUUGCGCAAAUUUUAUUUUCAUGCUCGCAAGUCUAACCCUUAUAGGUCUCGGUGCUGCAGUAGUAGCGCAUACAGCUGAAUUGAAGGUCUUAAUGCCGAUCGCCACAGAAGCCAUUCCUGUAUCAGUGAUUAUUCUGGGCGUUUUAGUAUUUAUAAUAUCCUGUUUCGGAUACUGUGGGUCCAUUCACGAAAAUCGAUUUUUGCUACUCGUGUAUUCGUUGUGUACGCUUCUCCUGGCUGGAGGAAAGAUAUACCUAGCAAUCGUGAUCUACAACAGUGUCAACAGAAUGGCCGAGCUUGUACUAGACUGGCUUGGACAGGCAUUCAAUAAUAAUCAGAUGAGAGAACCAUUCCACGCUAUGGAGGCAGCGUUCAGGUGCUGCGGAACAACUGGCCCGGAUUCCUAUACAUCUGGAGUUUUACCAAGUCUACCAGUGUCCUGCUGUCCAGAAGAUGACCAAAUUUGCAACACUACGAAUGCAUAUGACGGCUGCAACAGAGUAGUUACCGUUUACAUGGAGACGUAUGGCUUGGUCCUUGGAGGGAUCAUGGUCAUGCUUAUUGUUGUUGAGUUGUCAGCUUCGUUGUUUGGAAUGAUAUUAUGCUGUUGGAUUGGUAAUAAAAGACAUCGUACUGUAUGAAUUAACCUGCAAUUUAAUUGAAUUAACUCAAAGUCAAUAAGACUAAGGUCUGGUCAGUAUCUGAAGUUGCUGAGUCGGUCUGUGAACUGCAGAUUUUUGUGUUCUGUAUUAAAGGUGCUCUUAUUAUAAUGAAUAUAUUUUUA